GCUGCUCGCCCAUCACCACCAGGACCGCCCGAGGGAACAUAGGAGGAAAGUCACGCGGGCCGACACCAUCACACACACGAGGGACGUCCGCCGCGAACACUCGCCAUCGCCAUGGAGGAGAGCAAUGUCCACGCCCGGCCCACCGUCGCCGACCUGCACGGCGACAACCACUUCGCGCAGGCGGCGCGCAAGCACUGGCUGGCGGCGAAGAAGACGGCCAAGGUGCGCCCCGAUGUGGUCAAGAAAGAGCUGUGGGACGAGCUGGAAAAGGUCGACUUUGCCUACUCGUCGCUGCUCAUCCUCGAGAACCUGCAGCUGCUGGAGCGCUACCUGUGGCCCGGCUUCACCGAGGACGCCUCCAACCACCACCACCUGCUGCUGGCCCUGAUGGUCAACGUGAAGCGGCGCGAGAACCUGCCGUCGUGGGAACACUUCGCGACCAAGCCCGCCGACUUCUCGUCCUUCUUCCGCCGCAUCCUCUCCAUGACCGUCGACCCCUCGCAGCCCAGCAACAUCCGCACACAGCUCGUCGCUUUCGUCAUUGGCGCAUUCCAGUCGCUCGACAGCGGCCUCGUGCGCAAGGAGUGCGCCCCCCUGGUUGGCAUCUCCAUAUGGCAGCACCUGCACUCGGAAGCUGUGCGCGAGCAGCUCUUCGGCGAGCACCACAUCCUGCGCAAGGCCUGGCGCGCCGCCUCGAAGCGCUUCGACGCUGCAGACGACGCGCUGCAGGCCCGACUACGCUUCGAGCGCUCAUGGCUGUAUACACUGCUCCUCGACUUUGUGGACCGCCUCUACAACAGCAGCACAAAACAGGAUAUCAGGAACAACCUGGCCUACUGCGAGCGCUUCAUAGAGCUGCUCACCGACCUGCAGAGCCAGCUGCCCACGCGCAGAUACGUCAGCACCCUGCUGCAGGACCUGAACAUGCUCCCGGCCAUCCGCCUGUCGCCCAUGUACACCGACGAGGACAACGGCCUGUUUCGCGACCUGUUCGACUUGCUGAGCCACUUCACGUACUUCCCCAUUGAGGAUCAGACGGGCAAGCAACUAUCCAAACUCGAGUACGAUCAGCAGCACUACGACGUCCUGGCCAAGCUGCAGCGCACGGGCUAUGCGGCUUUCCAGGAGAAGCUUCAAUUGAUGGCGCUGGCAAACUAUGGCAGCAUUGGCAACAGGGAGGAGCUGGACAGCCACUUGCGCGUACUAAGCGACGACGAGCUGGUCGAGCUUUGCUCUCUCAUGGGCCUUAGGACAGAGUACCCAGCCUCUACCUUUUUAGUGCGGGAUCGGGCUUUCUACAUGGAGACGCUCGUCUCGUUGGUUGAGCAGAGACCUACCUUCAAGGACGUGGUUCGCGACAUGCCCGUCUUCCCCACAGAGAAAGUCCUAUACGAAACAACGUUCCUCAGAAACGAGUCGUACGACGGAUCAAGACCGCUCGCUAUACCCAAGCUGAACCUCCAGUACCUGACUAUGGGUGACUUCUUGUGGAGGUCCUUCAUCCUGUAUCGCGCAGAGGCGUUCUACGGUAUCCGAAAGGAUAUGGAGGAUGUGAUCAAGCGUGUGAAGCCAAAAGGAAAGGGUGUCAGUACCAAAUUCGACGGCUUCUCCAGGAUGUCGAUACCCAUCAUGAAGCCGGGUGUUGUCGACGUCGCUCCUUCGAAAGUAGGAGAGGAGCACCCGGCUUAUGUGCGAGCAGAAAUCAUACUCGACGUCAGCCGUCUGCAACUCCCAGUACGAAAAGAGUGGGACUCGCUAAGGACAGACGAUGUCGUCUUCUUGCUCGCAGUAGAGGGCAAAGAGGACGUGCCUAUGCGGAAUGGGGGUCACACAGAGCCGAGCACGGGAGAGCAAGUCGGACUCCACAAGAUGAGGUGCGCGCAAGUUGUCCAGGUGCUGGACGAGAACGGGAGACCCCUUCGCGAGCAAAACCAGACUGAUGGAUUUGCGCCCCGAGCACGAUCGCGACGACUCGUCGUCAAUAUCGACGCGAAGCAGUACCAAGCCGACAUGGACCAUGUUGCGGAAGGCAGGCCGAACAUCUACGAGCACAUCAACCUCAUCGUUCGGCGGAAAGGACGGGAGAACAACUUCCUCCCCAUCCUCGACUCCAUCAGACGCCUAACGCUCUCGGACAUCCCAGCACCAUCAUGGCUGCAGGAGGUCUUCUUGGGAUACGGUGAUCCUGCGUCUGCAACGUACAAGCGACUACCCAACCGACUGAAAUCGAUAGACUUCCGCGACACCUUCCUGGACUGGCAGCAUUUGAUUGAAUCCCUGCCUGGCGAAUCCAUCGAGCCGGAGGAAGACGCGCAGACAUCCUUCGGGCCCCCCUACGUCGUGCAGUACCCUGCAGCAGUAGAGCAAGAAGUUGCGCCCGCACGGCCUUCGAAAAAGCGGCGUCGCGACCAUCCUGUCGAGGUCGCACAGCCUGUACAUCAAUCCCUGCACGUCGCAACCUACAAGCCUCCAAACAUGGGGCCAUACCCUGCCGACGCACCCAAGACGAAUGCAGUCAGGUUUACCCCGGCGCAGAUUGAAGCCAUCACUUCGGGCACGCAGCCUGGUCUGACGGUGGUGCUCGGCCCGCCGGGCACCGGAAAGACGGACGUCGCGACCCAGAUUAUAUCUAAUAUAUACCACAACUUCCCGGAUCAGCGGACGCUGCUCGUUGCGCACAGCAAUCAGGCGCUUAAUCAGCUGUUUCAGAAAAUCGUGGCGUUGGAUAUUGAUGAGCGGCAUCUUUUGCGGCUGGGUCAUGGCGAGGAGGAUCUCGAGACUGAGGCGAGCUACAGCAAGCAUGGUAGGGUGGAGUCGUUUCUCGAGAGAGGGACGUACUACCUGGCUGAAGUCGAUCGCCUGGCGAAGAACUUGGGCGCGCCGGGUGCUCAUGGUAGUUCGUGUGAGACUGCAGAUUACUUCAAUCUUGUCUAUGUGAAGCCAGCAUGGACACAAUACUGGGACAGCGUUUCUUCUGAAGACAGCACAGUCGAGCAGAUAGUCGCCGACUUCCCCUUCCGGGACUACUUCCUGAACGCCCCCCAACCUCUCUUCCCACCCGCAAGCAACCGCCAGCAAAUCCUCGACAUCGCACAGGGCUGCUACCGCCACGUCGAGAAGCUCUUCACCGAGCUCGAGGACAUCCGCCCCUUCGAGAUCCUACGAAACCCGCGCGACAAAGCAAACUACCUCCUCGUAAAAGAAGCCCGCAUCAUCGCCAUGACAUCCACACACGCCGCAAUGCGCAGACAGGAGAUCGCCGCCCUAGGCUUCCACUACGACAACCUCAUCAUGGAAGAAGCAGCGCAAAUCACCGAAAUCGAAAACUUCAUCCCCCUCGCUCUCCAGGAGCCGCGCAACGGCACCUUACCCCUCCAGCGCAUCGUCCUCGUAGGCGACCACCUCCAAAACGCGCCGAUCGUCCAAAACCUCGCGUUCAGACAAUACGCAAACCUCGAGCAAUCCCUGUUUCAGCGCCUCGUCCGCCUCGGCGUGCCGACCAUCAUGCUGGACCAACAGGGUCGCGCCCGCCCCUCAAUCGCAGACCUGUAUAAAUGGCGCUACACAAACUUAUCCCACCUCCCCGCCGUCUCCUCAGCCCCGGAAUUCACCGCCGCGAACCCAGGCUUCAGGUACGAAUACCAGUUCAUCAACGUGCCGGACUACAAGGAAAAAGGCGAAUUGGAGCCCACGCCCCAUUGUAUACAGAACCUCGGCGAAGCCGAGUACGCAGUCGCUUUGUUUCAGUAUAUGCGGCUCCUCGGAUACCCUGCGGGGAAGAUCUCCCUCUUGACUACGUACGCGGGGCAGCGCGAUCUUAUCAAAGAUGUGCUGGCGCAUAGGUGUAAGGCGAAUCCACUCUUCGGACUCCCCCGUGUGGUGGCGACGGUGGAUAAGUACCAGGGCGAGCAGAAUGAUUAUAUAAUUCUCUCCCUAGUCCGCACCCGCUCAAUCGGCUACCUCCGCGACAUCCGCCGCCUCACCGUCGCACUCUCGCGCGCGCGCCUCGGCUUGUACAUUCUCGGCCGCCGCGCCGUCUUCGAGGCCGUGUUCGAGCUUAAACCCGCGUUUGAUAUGUUGUUCCGCCGCCCGGAUAGCUUGGCGCUUGUUACGGGUGAGAUGUACGGUGAUGGGGGACGGAGGGUUGGGGAGGCAGAGGUGCAGGGCGAGGCGGUUAUGCAGGGCGUGGAGCAUUUGGGGAGGUAUGUGUUUGAGAUGACGAGGGCGAAGGUGGAGGAUCUAAGGGGGGCGGGGGCUGGGGCUGGGGGAGGGGCGGUGGGGUUGCCGACUAGGGAGGUGAGGAUGGUGGAUGUUGGGGAUGAGGAGGUGAAGGACGGGAGGGACGGAGAGGGGGAGGCGGAUGUGUAA